AAUCGGUGGAGUUUAUGUCCGAUUCAUAGCUUAUUGAGACCGAUUCUGAUUCCGAUUCAAUUGAGUCAAAUCGGUAGAGACCGAGUUCGAGUUUCUAAAACCCUACGCAGGGGAAGCUCGAACCAGAGACGGAGAUGUUAAUGUCAUCUCGCUUUGCAAUUCGCAGUCCGCACUAGGGUUUUGUAUCGGCGCUUCGGAAGACAGUGGUUUGAAGACAUUCAGUAAGUCAAUGGCACUGCAGUGGAGAUCGAAAUGCAGAACUAUUCGAAACCCUAGCUUUGUCCAACGUUUUUCUUCUUCUUCUUCUUCGUUUUCGUUUUCGUCUUCGUCUUCGUCGUCAUCGUCUUCUCCUGAAUCUAAUGAUGGGGAAGACAAGAAGGAAUCCUCAUCGACCCCUUCAUUCUCUUCGUACUUCAGUGACGUUAAAGCUAGUCUAAAGCAGCCUUCAGCUCCUCGGAGGGUGCCUCCCUCAUCUCCAAGGGAAACUCCUUCAUUCACUGCUCAGAAACCUUCGAGGACUUCUUCUCUGGAAGAGAUUCGCAAAAACCUCGCUGAAUUUCGUCUCAGAACAGCCGCUCCUCCGCCCAACGAGAAGCCUUCUUCCUCACCUUCUCAAGUGGUCUCAUUUCAGGAACUUUACAAGAGAAAUGUGAUUGAAAAGGGCGAAGGAGUGAACGAUGGAGCCGGAAGCGGCAAGAGUGGAACGCCUUCUUUCGAUGCUAUUCGGGAGAGCUUAAAGCAGCUUCGAGCCUCAACUAGCUGCCAACCUGCGAGUGAUCGAUUCGGAGGAACGGGCGGUAGAGCAAGCAAGACCAUGGACCCUCUGUCUCUCAGCGCUCUCAGGAAUAGUCUAAAGCUGCAGCCGCAAGAUCCUUCUUCGACUUCGUCUGUUAUUGUUGGAGGAUCAGAGCCACUCCAUUCGUCUAUAUUUGGAAAAGAAUGGAGAUCAAAGGAGUCAGAAUCUCCAUCGCUGAAGACAGAGUUUGUGAAGAUGUAUGAUUACGGUGAGCUAGGGGAGAAGCUUCGGAAACUUCGUCCUGCUGAUGCUAAAGCCGGUAAAAACUGGUUUUCUCUUGGGGAGUUAAAUGAGCGACUGAUAAAACUGAGAGAGAUUGAAGAAAAAGAGACAGAAUCGAAGAUUGGGGGAGUUUCGUUUAAAGACCUUCGCGAAAGCUUGAUGAGGUUGCGGAUGUCAGAGGAGGAUAAGACGAAGAGAUCAUCGAUACACAGGCUUGAUAUAUUGGGUCAGUUGGGGGGGACGCCAAAUUUUAUGCUAUCACCUCCAAAGGAGCACCUAGUUGAGAAAUAUUUCCACCCGGAUAACAUGUCAUCUGCAGAAAAGCUGAAACUAGAGCUUAAAAAAGUUAGGGAUGAGUUUAAAAUGUCAGAAUCGGAUUGUGGGUCCGCACGUGUUCAAGUGGCACAACUCACGACAAAAAUCAAGCAUCUUUCUCCUCUUUUACAUAAAAAGGAUAAGCAUUCUCGAAAGGGUCUUCAAGAAAUGGUCCAGAAGAGAAAGAAGUUGCUCAAGUAUCUCCGAAGAACUGAUUGGGAUUCGUACUCCUUGCUUCUCUCUAAGCUUGGACUCAGGGACAACCCAGACUACAAGAACUAGAAGCCAGCAUCCUAUCCCUAACUGCUGCAGAGAAGAAAAGUUGAAAUUGAAGACCUUCGUUUUUUUAAUUCAUUUUUUAUGUUAUUUUUAUUGUUUCUCUCCCUUGGAGUUCUGUCAAGCUUCUUUGCUUUCCAAUCAGACAUGGCUUUUGAGCAUCUCAAAAAGAAAACUAAGGAAAGUGAAAGCAUGAAUUCCUCCAGUUCAAUUAUUGUUUGUGAGGAAUAGAUAAUGUUGAUCACUUCGCGUAUGAGACGGGAUCCAACGUGGCCAUGAGAAUAAGGCCACAGAGACAAAAUGAACAACAAGAGUGUUCAGUGCAUCUGUUUCAGUCUUGCAAUUGCUGUUUGAAUGAUGUGGCUUUAUACUGGCUUUAGAUAGGAUUGACAGUUUGGAUGCCAUCAUUUUUGCCAUUGGCAGGUCAAGUUAGCCAAACAAGAACACUAGAUGGGAAAUUUAUAUCUUAUAUUCUUCAUAUUUUGGGGGUGUAAUUCGAUGAGUAGGGCAUCAUGCAUGACAAUUUUGUUUCCAUUUAUUUUCAACAGGCAUUUGAAUCUUGCAAAAA